AUGCUUGCAAGAGUUGAAAGUACCACAGACAAGACCGUUGAAAAGGCAUCUGAAGAUGUUGAAGCCGUCUCUUUCGUGUCUACGGUACACAAACCGCUUCAGAGAAAACUCAAGAACCGCCAUAUUACGAUGAUGAGUAUUGCUGGGGUGAUAGGAACUGGGUUGUUCCUCGGAACCGCAACCUCGCUGAGAAAUGGUGGACCGCUCGGGCUGCUCUUGGGCUAUGGAUUGAUGGGGACUCUCUGUUACGCUGUCAUGAUAUCAGUCGGAGAGAUGGUAGCAUUCCUUCCAGUUGUCGGAGGGCACAUCAAGCUAGCGGAGCGAUUUGUAGAUCAAGCAUUCUCGUUCACCAUGGGCUGGAACUACGUUUUCAACUGGCUCAUCGUCCUUCCGGCAGAAUUGAGCGCCUCCGCCGUCUUAAUCGGCUUCUGGGACUCAGAGACGAACCCUGCUGCGUGGAUCAGUCUCUGUUUGGUGCUGGCAAGUCGACUUCGACUGCUCCCACUUUGUAUUGACAUACCGCCUUCAGGAGCAUAUGGGGAGACAGAAUUCUGGUUUGGUAAGCCCCAAUCGAUCAAGGUCGUCACUGUGACGGCAUUAAUCAUAGGAGGGAUUGUGCUCGACCUCGGCGGCGGGCCACACCACAAUCGCAUCGGAUUUCGAUAUUGGAAAGACCCUGGGCCUUUUACACAAUUUCACGAGAUCCCGGGGGCAAAGGGUCGCUUCUUGAGUUGGUGGGCGGUUACUAUACAAGCUGCGUUUUCGUUUGUUGGGACGGAAAUCGUGGCCAUAGCAGCGGGCGAAGCAAAGGAUCCCCGUCGCAAUUUGACGAAGUCGAUUCGUAGGGUGUGCUUCCGGAUCAUAGUCUUCUACAUGGGGGGAGUCUUCAUCAUAGGACUUCUGGUGCCUUCGAACGAUCCCCACCUUGCCCUUGCCGAUGGUACUGCUGCAGCCAGUCCCUUCGUAAUAGCCAUCAAGGCUGCCGGUCUAUCAGGUUUACCUUCCGUGAUCAAUGCCGCCGUCUUGACGUCCGCGUGGUCUGCCGCUUCCAGCGACCUGUAUAUCAGCUCGCGCGCUGUCUACACCCUCGCGCUUGUCGGAAGUGCCCCAAGGAUCUUCUUGAAAACCAAUAAAUAUGGGACGCCUUGGAUCGCUGUCUCUUUCUGCUCGCUCUUCACUUUGCUUGCCUACAUGAGCGUUAGCAACGGGGCAGGAAAUGUCUUCCAAUGGUUUGUGAACAUGACAGGUAUGUGGUGGUUCGGCAUUUCAUUGACGUACAUCAGAUUCUACCGCGGGUAUAAAGCACAGGGGCGCAACCGACGUGAACUACCGUACGCAUCAAGGUUGCAGCCAUAUGCUGCUUGGUACUCUUUAGUCGUGUCUUUGCUGGUAUCCAUUUUCAGCGGUUGGACCGUUUUUCUGAGCAACUCUUGGGUGGCAUCUUACAGUUACAUCAGGGCGGGGUUCCCAUUACUAUAUCUUGGCUCUAGGAUGUACAAGAAGAGUUCCUUCGUUGGUUUCAUGGAAAUGGACUUCGAGACAUCUGUGGAGGAUUUUGACCGAGAUGCUCCCGAAGAAGAUUCUACGCGGAACGGGGUAGAGAAGCUAUGGAGCUGGAUAGCAUAG